AUGUUCAGCACGUGGGAUCUCGUCCGACCGCGCUUCUGGUACCCCAUGUCGUCUCUGGAGCAGUCCAUGAUGGACCUCGAGCACAUGAGCAACCUCAUGAGCCGCUCGCGCUUCCCCUUCGACAUGGGCAACGAGAUGCUGGCGGCGCCCAGCAAUGUUGACGACGACGAAUUCUUCCGGGAUCUGCCUGUGCUUUUGCGCGAGCAGAGACCGACGACGCAGCACCGCGAGACCGUCAAGGCCAAGGUCACCACUAGCACGAAGGCAUCGAACAAGAAGCAGAAGCAGCAGUCCGACAGCUCUGACAGCUCGAAUGUCGAUGCCGACAGCCAGUACCGCCGCGCCUUCUCGUCCUACACGUUCAGCAACUCGUCCAUCGUGGACGACAAGGGCCAGCGCGUGACAAGCUCGCGGCGCCGCUACGAAGACUCGACGGGCCGUCUGAAAGCGGUGCACGAGCGCCAGAUCGAGGGCAAGAAGCUGCGCACGACGUGGAACCGCAUGCGCCCCGACGACGAGGGUCAGCACGAAGCCAUCUGCUCGAGCGGCACGCCCGACGAGUUCGAGACGAUGUGGCAGCAGACGCCGUUCGGGGAGGCGCAGAAGAAGACUAUCAAGGACCAACAGCGCCAGCAACAGCUGCAACCAGGACAACAGACCAGGACGCUGCAGCAGCAACAGCCUUCGGAGUCGGAGGCGGAAAAGGAGGCAACCCCGAUGGAGAUGUAAGCUGUAGUUGUGAUUUUUGUUUUUUUCUACGAGUCAUUACGUUACCUACGUCAA